CAACAUAAGUACCCGCCAAUAUAUACUAACCUUGACAAACUUAUUUCAUUUUUUGUUCAGAUUGUAGUGCAGUGACAUUGCAGCAGAAGUACUAUUUCAUUGGCAGCUGCAUGCACUGAGAAGGAGGAGUAAUCAGUGAGAGAGAAUGACUAAAGGCUAUACAGGAUACCGAUAAGCUUAGAAUUGAGACUGACCCUCGCUGCAACAGAAAAAUGGGGACUGAUAACAUCACUGUAUCUGAACAAGCUACGGAGGAUAUGACUGUCAGAAUUGUGUGUACAGCCUCUGUAGUCAUCUACUGUGUGAUCUUCGUGGUUGGGACGGUUGGCAAUGGUCUGGUCGUCUACGUGACAGGCUUCAGGAUGAAGACAACAGUCAACUCUGUUUGGUUCCUCAACUUGGCACUGGCUGACUUCCUUUUUACGGCCUUCCUGAUUUUCUCAAUCAUUGCUGUCUCUAAAGGUCACCACUGGCAAUUUGGACUUGUCAUGUGCAAGCUCAACAGCUUUGUGGUUGUUGUCAAUAUGUUUGCCAGCGUCUUUCUUCUGACUGCCAUAAGUCUGGAUCGUUGCCUGUCCACCUGUGUGGUGGUUUGGGCACAAAAUAAGCGUACUGUUCGCAAAGCUCAGCUCAUAUGUGCUGCUAUCUGGUUGAUGGCUAUAGUCUGCAGCACCCCUUAUGCCACUUUUCGCACCCUUUUAGAUGGGGGCGGGGGGAAGAUUUACUGUGCUUAUCCUGUAAUAACCGACACACAAAAAUGGAUUCUUGGCAUUUUUCGUUUUGUUAUGGCCUUCCUCAUCCCAUUCCUGGUAAUAACGGCCUGUUAUGUGGCCAUAGGUGUUCGUGCAAGACGCCUGCAGAGGACAAGGCAACGUAGAUCUCGCCGAAUCAUUAUCUCUGUCAUUCUUGCAUUCUUCUUCUGCUGGUUGCCCUUUCAUGUUUUUUCUCUUAUAGAAUUAAACACUAAUAACCAAGAACACAUCCGCAUCAUAAAAAUUGGAGGUACUUUGUCUCUGAGUCUGGCUUUUCUGAACAGCUGCCUGAACCCCAUUCUCUAUGUUUUCAUGUGUGAUGAAUUCCAGAAGAAGCUUAAGCAGUCUAUAUGCCUUGUCCUUGAGAGUGCCCUGGCAGAGGAUCACCUGUCAUUUAUGUCAUCUCGCUCCCUUUCAUCACACUUGUCACGGAUUUCCCGGAAGUCUGACUCUUCCUUACCCGUGGAGAGGAAGGGCACACUCACUUCCUUAUCCUUCACAGAAGGCAGAAUCGUCAACACUGAGGAGAGAGAGACACUGAGCACUGAAUAGGAAAAGUAGGGAACAAGCGGAAAAUGGUAUCUGAAACUGAUUCAGACAGUACAUCUUUUCACAGUAAAAAAGAAAAAAAAAUACUAGAAUGUAAUGCCUACAGUAUGUGUGAUUUUAAUGUUUUUAUUUUAAUUUUGAAGUGCCUAUGACUAGUAAGAUGUUACUCUGCCUAUCUGUUACUUUUGUUGAACCUUCCACCUUCAUAGAACAUGCAAUUUGAUUACAUCAUAUAGCUACCAGAUCAACUUCAGCCUGAACACGGGUCUAAUUAGCCAGAAGCACUGAAAACAUCUCUGUGGGUAUACUGUUGGUUUAGUAUGUAAAUAUUAAGUUCUUUGUGUAACAAUUAAUGUAAAACAUUUAAAGCUUUCUUUGUAUCUGCAAACUGUAACUUUGAAGACAUUAGAUAAAGAUUUGCUUGUAAUUCAGUUGAUAAAAAUACCACCUGUAUGUUUGUUUUGUUUGUAAGAUUUUGAUGCACCAGCAUUUUUACCUGUUCACUGAAUUUGUCACAAAACAUUGAGCUUCAAUAAUUGAGCUUUACAGAUUUCAAUACAGUAAAUACAAACAUUAA